AUGGCUCCUGCGCCGAACCCUAACCUCCCGCUUCAAGAGCGGGUGCUCGCUCUGGUCCAAACCCUGCAGUUCGCUUGGUUUGCUGGACACGUCACUCUCCUUUUCACGACCUUCCGCUAUGCACUUUCAUGGAUCCGCAUGAACUACUACACCCGCAUGGCCCAGUUCUGCUACCGAACCUCCUUCGUCGCCGCGGCGCUCACCUACGGUAUCGUGGUCUACAAGACCCAGCGCGCGAGGGCAAAGAGUGGCGCCAAGGCUCCUCCCAGCGCCCUCGGACUUCUGUCUGACGAGAAUGUCCAGUACCUGUUGCUCGCCCUUGUCUGGCUCUUCUCGCCCCAGUACCCUCUCGCCCUCCUGCCGUACUGUGUCUACUCCGUCUUCCACUUUGCGACGUACACCCGCGCCAACUUGAUCCCGACCAUCUCGCCGCCCAAGAAUGUCGGCGACGGCGCGUCUGCCGCGGCCAAGGUGAAGACGGACAGCCCUCUCGCGGCCCAGAUUGGCGCCUUUGUGAAGGAGUACUACGACGCCAGCAUGGCCGUCGUGUCCGGUCUCGAGAUCCUCCUCUGGUUCCGCGUCCUCUUCUCCGCCAUCCUUUUCCAGCGCCGCUCGUGGAUCCUGAUCGUCCUGUACACUGCCUUUCUGCGUGCCCGCUUCUCGCAGAGCACGCACAUUAAGAACUCGUUUGCUCAGCUCGGCGCCCGCGUUGACGCGCUCGUCGGUGCGCAGGGGACGCCCCCUGCCGCUCGCCAGGUCUGGGACGGCGUGAAGAACGCCUCUAGGCAGUUUGUCGACAUCACGGAUGUCAGCAAGUACAUUGGUGGCGCCGGACCCGCCAAGAAGACCUCGUAA